ACGUCUCGUGCGCUGCAGCUUUGCUCGCGGCAGCCCGCCGGUGGUUUGUUGUGUGGGUGCACGACACCAUUGUUUUUAAUCUGUUUUAAUUUGCGUCUUGAUUAACAUACAAAAUGGGUAAAACGGACGAGGAUGAAAUUAUUAGGAUUGCGAAGAAGAUUGAUAAAAUGGCGCAGAAGAAAACGGCGUCUGGUGCUUUAGAUCUUCUGAAGGAGUUGAAGAGCGUCAACAUGACACUAGAGCUACUACAGUCAACCAGAAUCGGAAUGUCCGUUAAUGCAAUCCGCAAGCAGAGCACGGACGACGAAGUUACAUCGCUUGCCAAAGGCCUCAUCAAAUCCUGGAAGAAACUCUUGGAUGAGCCUGGUGGUGGUGGAGACAAGUCAUCUGACGAGAAAAGGAAGGAGCCCACAACACCAACGGCCACCUCACAGGGCAGCCCUGAGCCGCAAGAAGAGAGCUCAAGCAGUAAUUCCAGCAAGGGUGAUUUUGCUGAGGCCACCCCCAACACGCUUAUUGCCACCUUCCCACGCGCAGCCGUCACCUCCGAUUCAGUCCGCCUCAAGUGCCGGGAGAUGAUCACCAAUGCCCUGCAGACAGGAGAUGAUCACAUUACCAUCGGCGCAGACUGCGAUGAGCUUGGAGCCCAGAUUGAGGAAUGCGUCUUUUCCGAGUUUAAAAACACUGACAUGAAAUACAAGAACCGUGUCCGAAGCCGAAUUGCGAACUUGAAGGAUGUCAAGAACCCCAACCUGCGGAGGAACGUUCUGUGUGGGAAUGUCUCUCCAGAACGCAUCUCCAAGAUGACCGCUGAGGAAAUGGCAAGCGAUGAACUUAAGGAGAUGCGCAAGAACCUGACCAAAGAGGCCAUCAGGGACCACCAAAUGGCCCAGACAGGUGGCACUAAAACGGACCUGUUCACCUGUGGGAAGUGCAAAAAGAAGUGUUGCACCUACACACAGGUUCAGACUCGCAGUGCUGACGAGCCGAUGACCACAUUCGUCUUCUGCAACGACUGCGGAAAUAGGUGGAAGUUUUGCUGAAGAUUGGAGGGGGUCUUCGGCUUGCAGAGAGGUAGCUUAAUUCCCAGACCAGGAGUCUGAAUCAGUUAUAGUUAGGAACUACCGGUUCAGUGGUACCUGGUGCACAGAUAUGGUCCCAAAAGCCCACUGAAUGUUCUUUUCCUUUGGUCACAGAACUGUUUCCUGUGUUUUUACCUUGACAUGAAAGUUGGUUCAGCUCUCAGACUCAAUGUUGUUGCGUCUAUCUGUUUAUUUACCAUCACUUUUUAUAUGUAGUUUUAACUUUUUUGACAACAAUGAUCACAUUUACCUUUUUGUUUUGCUUUGCCCUACUGAGGACUAGUCACAUUAAUUUAAAAUUGGAGUUGAAUUGUUUCAUGAAAUAAAUCAAAAUGAUAAACCCA